AUGGAUUCAAACAUCAAUCAGCUCCUGGAAGCAUUUCAGGAAGCGAAAACCCUGAACCUCUGUCCAAACCGCGUAUGGGCUGUUGCAGGGGAGAACCUACAUAAUCUACUGCCAGGCUUCAACUCGAUACAAAGGGUAACAGAUCAGGUUGAUGAGCGUGAGAACUAUGACGGGAACGAGCAUAACGAUUGCACCCCUGAUUUCUGUGAGCACUCUCAGCGUGAUUUUACAGCGGUUCAGCAGCGCCAUGAGUGUAAAAAAAAGAACCAAUGCGUGCAAAUACGAGAUCGAUUCCGGAGGGAGACACUGGAUAGAGCUGCACGCAAUGGAAAUUCGACAGUGUGGGAUCUUGAUGGAGAAUCUCUGCUCAAACCUCUUCGGCCAUACAUGGCUGUUUCUCACGUCUGGUCGGACGGAACUGGGACUGGAGCUUGGGAAGACGGUGAAGUCAACGAGUGUUUAUAUGCCUUUUUCUACGAUAUUGCGAAACAAUUCCAAUGCGACGGAAUUUGGUGGGAUACACUUUGUAUUCCUCGCCAAAAGGCUGCCCGUAAUAAAGCUAUCGAAAAGAUCCAGAGUAGCUACGAGGACGCCCGAAUCACCUUGGUGCACGAUUGCUUCCUGCGAAACUGGACUUGGGAUCCUAAAUCUGCAUGUUUCGCCAUUUUGAUGUCGCCCUGGUUUAGUCGAGGGUGGACUGCCUUAGAAUUGACUAAGUCGCGCAAAGUAAAGGUGAUCUUUAAAGGACCCUCUGGCCCUAUUAUUAAAGAUCUCGACGAACAGAUUCUCGCCGAAGAAAACGAGCUCGAUAGCCCCCGCAAAGAAGCCUCCCGGAUUAUCAGGAAUCUCCGGGGGGGUAUCACGACACUGAAUAGCCUUUUGACUAUGUUGGCCUCACGGUAUACGUCUUGGCCUAAAGAUAUGGCCACUAUUUCCGCACUACUAGUGGGCGUCGCUCGAAAGGACCUACAGCAGGACACCUAUAAGAGCAUUCUGAAGAAGUUCGGCCGGCUGGCUCCUGGACACCUCUUCCAUAACGCUACGACUAUGUCCAAAGAAUUUAGCUGGUGCCCGGCCAAUCUUUUUGACCUGCCCUUGGACUCUUCUAACCCUUCCCUCACGGUUUUUGAAAAUGGCGACAUCCAAGGGGAGUGGCGUGUCAUUCCGAUAAGGGCCGGACUUGAAAAGAGCUGCUGGUGGAAUAGCAUGCAUCCGCUAAUGAAACGGCGAGUUCAGGAUGCUCUGAGGAGUUCUCAACCAUGUCUGCUCUUAGCUGAGUGCCGCCCGGGGCAAGAGUCUGACCCAGUAGCAAGGGCUUUGCUUGUGAGGGCAACAGACAAGCCGUCUCGCUAUCAAUAUAUUGGUGCAAUAUAUUUCCUUCAGGUGCAAGAGAAGGAAGGGGGAAACUGGUCUUCCACGAAAACGCAGGUGAUCAUAUCAAGCUACCAGGGCGACGAAGAAGGGAUGUCUCAUGCUCUAGGCCAAACAAUAAUAGAAAACAAGAUAGAUGCAGCCCACUCAAAUAUGGACCAUGAUAAUCGGUCAAACAGUGUUUCUGAUGAGAGAUUACGCUGUGCGGUAUGGAGAGGAGAUUACAAUUCUUUCAAGAAGCUCAUCCAACCGCAGAUCCAAAACGGUCCCGACAAACUUGGACGUUGGCCGCUGCACCUUGCGGCUGAAAGAGGAAAUGAGGCUAUGGUGCGAGAUUUACUACCUCUCGGUGACGUGAAUCUAAAGUGCAAUUAUGGACAAACUGCGUUGCAUCGCGCUGCUUACGGGGGGUCUGCUGCUAUCGUGAAGGAACUCUUACAAAAUGGAAGCAAUGCAAUCGCGAAGGACAAGGAUGGGAAUACAGCAUUGCACAUAGCAGCGCAAUUUGGGUUUCCACCCAUUGCGAAGCUUCUUAUCGAGAAAAGUGAUGUCAGCGUGAAUAGCUGUAACCACGUUAAUCUGACCCCUCUUCAUCUCGCAGCGAUGAACGGGCACACGGCAGUGGCGGAAUUGCUCGAAGGUGCCAAUAUCGAAGCUAAGGACAACAAGGUUGGUUGGACUCCGCUCCAUUGUGCAGCCGAGAACGGCGACCUGGACUUCGUCAAACUUUUGAUUGAGCGCGGCGCGGAAGUCAACGCAGAAGACGACCUGUUCGGUUGGACACCCCUACAUCUCGCGGCGAUGAACGGAAACAAGGCGGUGGUCAAUCUUUUGCUCGUUAAGUGCACUAAUAGAGAUUCCAAAGACAAAUACGGUUGGACUGCGCGACAAUUCGCGGAAAUCAAUGGGCAUGCGGAGGUAGUUGAGCUACUUUAUAGCAAAGACAUUGAGGGCGCAGACACUAUCCCUACAAACAAGGACCGUUGGACGCCACUACACUGCAAGGCAAUAAGCAACAAACGAGUAAUAGUCGAGAUAUUGGUCCAUGGUGGUGCUGACGUUUAUUUGGCCUAUGAGGAUAAGGGUUGGACACCACUACAGUUUGCGGCAGAGAACGAGCUCGGAACUACGAUCCGGCGGCUACUCGAGAAGGGUGCCAAGUUCAUACCAAAUUAUGGACAAACGCCGCUGCACUGGGCCGCUGAGAAAGGGUAUAAGGCGGUCACGCGACAGCUACUCGACACGGGCACCGACAAGGACGCUAAAGGCUUCAAUAACCAGACGCCGCUACACUACGCGGCCCAGUUUGGACGCAAGGCAGUCGUGCGGCAACUCCUCGACGCGGGCUCCGACAAGGAUGCUAGAGACUCCGAAAACCAAACGCCGCUACACUGGGCCGCCCAGGGUGGGCACGAGGCAGUCAUACGACAGCUACUUGACGCAGGCGUUGACAAAGAGGCUCAAAGCUCGAAUGGCUGGACGCCGCUACAUAGAGCGGCCCAGGGUGGGCAUGAGGCGGCCGUGCGGCAGCUGCUCAAAGCAGGCGCUCAUAAGGAGGCUCAAAGCUCGAAUGGUUACAGGCCGCUGCAUAAUGCGGCCCAGUACGGGCACGAGGCGGUCACGCAGCUGCUGCUCGACGCAGGAGCUGAGAAGGAUGCUAGAGACCCAGAUAACCAGACGCCGCUACACUGGGCGGCACAGUACGGCCGCGAGGCAGUUGUGCGGCGGCUGCUCCGCGCGGGCGCCGAGAAGGACGCUAAAGAUCGGAUCAGCCAAACGCCGCUACACUACGCGGCCAGGUUCGGGCGUGAGGCAGUCGUGCAGCAACUGCUCGAGGAGGACGCCGACAAGGACGCCCAAGACUCAAGCAGCUACAGGCCGCUACACCAGGCGUCUGAGAAUGGGCAUGAGGCGGUCGUGCGGCGGCUGCUCCGCGCAGGCGCCGAUAAGGACGCUAAAGGCUGGAAUAGCCAAACGCCGCUACACUACGCGGCUAGGUUCGGGCGCGAGGCAGUCGUGCAGCAACUGCUCGAGGAGGACGCCGACAAGGAUGCCCAAGACUCAGGUGGCUACAGGCCGCUACACCGGGCGUCCGAGAAUGGGCAUGAAGCGGUCGUGCGGCGGCUGCUCAACGCGGGCGCUGAUGCUAACAAAUACACGCCGCCACUCAAAGUCCCCAUUUUCUCCUUGACUAGCACUCCUAGUUUCCCUUGA